GGACGGGGCGAACCAGACGCAGGUGACAGAGUUCGUCUUCCUGGGCUUCUCCCGCGUCCUGCAGGGCCAGGCCUUCGUCUUCCUGGCCUUCCUCGCCAUCUACCUCAUCACCCUGCUGGGGAACUGCCUGAUCCUCACCCUCAUCGUGCUGGAUCCCCAGCUGCACAGCCCCAUGUACUUCUUCCUCGGCCACCUCUCCUUCCUGGACAUGAGCUACUCCUCUGUCACCGUGCCCAAGAUCCUCGUUAACUUUGUACGCCAGCGAGAGACCAUCUCCUACCGGGAGUGCAUGGCACAGAUGUUCUUCCUCAUGACCUGCGCAGGAACGGAGUGUGCGCUGCUCACCGUCAUGGCCUUUGACCGGUACGCGGCCAUCUGCAAACCCCUGCACUACACCCGCAUCAUGAGCAAGAAGGUGUGUGUCUCACUGGCCACGGCCUGCUGGCUCUGGGGCAUCCUUGCCUCGGCCAUCCACACCUUCCUGGCCACCGACGUCUCCUUCUGUGGAGACAACCAGAUCCACCACAUCUUCUGCGACGUCCCUCCCCUGCUGAAGAUCGCCUGCAGCGACACCUACAUCAACGUAAUUGCUCUUCAUGCUGCCACUGUCUUUGUGGGCUUGAGCCCAUUUCUGCUCGUCCUCAUCUCGUACCUCUACAUCCUGGCGGCCAUCCUCCGCAUGCACUCCAGAAUGGGCAGGGGCAAAGCCUUCUCUACCUGCACCUCCCACCUGGUCGUGGUCAUCAUCUACUUUGGGAUGGCCAACCUGAACUACAACCGGCCCAGCACCGGCUAUUCCCUGGAGGUGGACACGCUGAUCUCCACACUCUACUGCAUCAUCACCCCCAUGCUCAACCCCCUCAUCUACAGCCUCCGCAACCAGGACGUGAGGGGGGCCUUGAAGAAGGUGCUUGGGUACAAGAGGAGGGACUGUGUUUCCACACAUGGGGAAUCAGGGCCAGAUUCUGGGUGGUUGUGGCGGGACAAGGAGUAUGGACAUCUGUGCAUUUGGCCUUCUGAAAUGGCAGCAAAAAAGGCAACGUCUGUGUCCACCUUUAUGGAGAACGUGACCCUCUCCGGGAAUGGGAGCUUGCAGAAGAAGGGCCUCUCCAUGGAGGGCGCCCCUCACGUCCUGGUUGCGGAGGCUGUAGAUGAGGGGGUUGAGCAUGGGGGUGAGGAUGCAGUACAGUGUGGAGACAAGCGUGUCCACCUCCGAAGAGUAGCCACUGCUGGGCCGGUUGUAGUUCAGGUUCGCCAUCCCAAAGUAGAUGGUGACCACGACCAGGUGGGAGGUGCAGGUGGAGAAGGCUUUGCGCCUGCCCGUGUUGGAGCAGAUGCGGAGGAUGGCCAGCAGGAUGUAGAGGUAGCUGCCACCGGCCCCAUGGACGGGGCGAACCAGACACAGGUGACAGAGUUCAUCUUCCUGGGCUUCUCCCACAUCCUGCAGGGCCAGGCCUUCCUCUUCCUGGCCUUCUUGACUGUCUACCUCAUCACGCUGCUGGGGAACUGCCUGAUCCUCACCCUCAUCGUGCUGGAUCCCCAGCUGCACAGCCCCAUGUACUUCUUCCUCGGCCACCUCGCCUUCCUGGACAUGUGUUACUCCUCCGUCACGCUGCCCAAGAUCCUCAUCAACUUUGUACGCCAGCAAGAGACCAUCUCCUACCGGGAGUGCAUGGCACAGAUGUUCUUCCUCAUAAUCUGCACAGGGACAGAGUGUGCACUGCUGACCGUCAUGGCCUUUGACCGGUAUGCGGCCAUCUGCAAACCCCUGCACUACACCCGCAUCAUGAGUAAGAAGGUGUGUGUCCCACUGGCCACAGCCUGCUGGCUCUGGGGCAUCCUGAACUCAACUAUGCACACCUCCCUGGCCACCGACGUCUCCUUCUGUGCAGCCAACCAGAUCCACCACAUCUUCUGCGACGUCCCUCCUCUGCUGAAGAUCGCCUGCAGCGACACCUACAUCAACGAGAUGGCUCUUCAUGCUGCCAGUGUCUUCGUGGGAUUGAUCCCAUUUCUGCUCAUUCUCAUCUCAUACACCUACAUCCUGCUGGCCAUCCUCCGCAUCCGCUCCAACACGGGCAGGCGCAAAGCCUUCUCCACGUGUGCCGCACACCUGGUCGUGGUCAUCAUGUACUUUGGGAUGGCCAUCCUGAAUUACAACAAGCCCAGCGCUGGCUACUCCCUGGAGGUGGACACGCUGGUCUCUGCACUGUACUGCAUCCUCCCCCCCAUGCUCAACCCCCUCAUCUACAGCCUCCGCAACCAGGACGUGAAGGGCGCCCUGAGGAGGGCUCUGGGGCACCAUGAGAAGGACAAUGCAUCCCCACAUGCACAGCCAGGUGUGGACUAA